AUGCUUCGUUCUUCCUCACUUCGUCUUUGUCAAACAGUUGCUAGGAGCCAUACGCGCAGAAGCGCUUCCACCACAAGUUCUGUCCCGUCACUGACGAAUCUUGAAACGCGCUGGAAAACAUUGUCGUCCGAGGAACAAUCAACUCUCACAAAACAACUCGUGGACCUUCAGAAAAAGGAUUGGCAUGAGUUGUCGUUAGACCAAAAAAGAGCUGCAUAUUAUGUCGCAUUUGGUCCGCAUGGUCCAAGAGAACCUCGAGAUGAACCGAAUCAAGGGAUAAAGGUGCUUGCAGGUGUUACCAUUUCUGUGAUUGUAUCUGUUUUACUCUUUAAAUGGUCUCGUCACGGAAUUCCUACUCCGCGUACCUUUGAUAAAGAAUGGCAGGAAGCAACUAAUAAGCUGAUGCGAGAACAGAAUAGCAAUCCAAUUACAG